GCCAGGUGCUGGUAGGUUCGUGGUACAGACGUGGUACUGGGGUGCAGGGGCUCACGGAGGUCCGACGGGAACCCUGUGCCAUAGCCACCAGUGCUGGCUGGGCACAGCCACGCGGCACUGCCCGAGAACCCUCCACAUCCUGGUUCCAACGCUGAGCCGUGCGAGGAGCGACGCACAGAGCUCUGGUGGAGCUGCGAGUCCCAGCGCGGAGAGUCAGGCGCACAGCCGACAAACACCCGUCCGUCUGUCCCUCGCCUUGGGAGAAGGAGCUCCUGGGACACGUAUGCGAGGACACGGAGCUCGUGAACGGCUGCCACAGCUAUAGGACGGGUUUUUUCCGCCGAGGUGACACUCGGGUUCAGAGGGGCAUCGCCCGUCGGGGCCGCUCCGCACCGCAGCGCAGCCCGCCCCGCCCCGCCUCCCGCUGCUGCCCCCGAUGGCGGCGGCGGUGCGUCCGGGGAGCGAGCGGCGGUGAGUGCGGGGACGGCUCGGGGUUGUGCGGGCUGUGCGAGGCCCCACGGCCAGCCGGCCUCAUCUCUGUCCCUGUCACCCUGCGAUGGCCGCACCAGCGUGGCUGCACGGCGGGGACGAGGCAAAGCCGCCCCGCGGAGCUGAUGGGAGCUGCGCCGGCUCUGCUGCCCCGCCGGCUGUCCGUCCGGCUCCGCGUUGCUUGUUGCUUGCUGUGGUUUCUUGUGGCUUUCCUUCUGUCUGUGUGCAUCCUCGUGUCGGAGCUCUCCCUUCUUUCUCUGUCCUUUAAGUGAAAUGGGGAGAGAACAUGGAAAUGGGGCACCUGUGGGAGUGGGCUGAGGGGAGAGGUGAGUUCAGCUUUCAUCUCUUUGGAUGCUGGGAAGCACCGAGUCUGCCGGGGGGAUGUUAAGAGUGGGAAAAGAGACCAUCGUCCCUAGUGCCGCUCUGUGUAAAUUCCCAUGGAGAAAGUUAUUAGCGCUGACAUCAGUGUUAAAUGCUCAGGGCUCUGAAGCCUGAGAUGGCUUUGUCCCACUUCAGCCGCUGCUGUGAAUCUUGACAAACCUCUGAAGAAAGAGAAGGGAAAAUUCGAGAUAACCACACGUGGGGCUUUUAAGCCAUUAAAUUGCAUUGCUAUGUUUCUGUGUUUCCUAACUAGAUUUUGUCUUUUCUUCCCCCUUCCCCUGCCCCCACCCCAUGCCUUUUAAAGGAGCUGAGCUGGGAAAUCCUUAUUCAAACGAUCCUCUUCUCACUUGGAUUUUUUUGGGGACUGCUGCUUUGCCUUGUGAAGCAGCACUCCCUGGAGAAGUGCCUCUUGCAUCCAGAGAUCUCAUCCUGGUGCCCUGCAGUGGCCCAGCAGCAGUGGCCCUCCGUGCUGUUGUGGCUGUCAGAAGGACAAUCUCCUUCUCCUCUAGGUCGGAGCUGAAGCAAAUCCCAGCUAUCACCAUGGGAGAUAUCUGGCUGGUUGGACUGAUGGGGCUCAUGUACAUCUUGUUUCCCAAAGUUGCUGCCCAGAGUCCCAUAAAAAACCCCAGGGACCAGAAAACAGAGCACACCCUCUUGAUUAAUGAAGUCAAUGCUGACACCCCAGGAGAGGACACUUCUGAGUUUGUGGAGCUCUAUCACACCAGUGGUCAAACAGCCCGUUUGGAUGGCUACUACCUGGUUUUCUACAAUGGCAACGGAAACCAAGCCUACAGAGUUCUGAACCUCCAGGGCAAAGCUACUAACAGCCAAGGGUUCUUUCUCGUUGGCUCUGCCUCUGUGAACCCGGCCAUAGUUAUUCCUAAGAACACCAUCCAGAAUGGCCCUGACGCGAUCGCUGUGUAUUAUGGAAAAGGGAACUACAAGGAAGGCAUGAGCGUCACAGGCAAAGGACUGGUGGAUGCCUUGGUCCAUAAGACGAAGAAGACAGACAGGGCGGAUACGCUGCUCAGGGUGCUGACCCCCGGCAGAGAUGCUCUGCUGGAGGACUCCACCUUCAGGUCUAUGGAUGAGUCAAUCGAAAGGUGCCAUGGGGCAGACGCUCAGUGGUUCUUCCAGGUGGCCGUGCCCACCCCAGGCACAGAUAACCACUGCAUCCUCACUCCUCAGCUGAACGCAUCCGCCGUCCUGAUCAGUGAGGUCCACAUUGCCUCUUCUUUUGAAGAUUUUGAGUUCAUCGAGCUUCAGGGUCCCCAUUCCACCGUGCUGAGGGAUGUCGUCCUGGUGCUGAUUGAUGGUCGGACCAGAGACAUUUAUUUCACUAUGGAUGUUUAUGGCAAAACCUCAUUGGAUGGGCUUCUCCUGAUUGGCCCAGCACAAAGCAAAAUCCCAGUGGACUUGGCGUUCCCGGAAAACUCCACUCAUCCUGUCCUGAGGGAUGGCCCCAAUGCCAUUGCUCUCUACAGAGGCAACAGCAGCAGCUUUGCUCCAGGGAAAGCACUGACAACAGCUGGCCUGCUGGAUGCUUUCGUCUAUACGAGCACCGAGGGCCCAAGCCCUGAGCUGCUGGACACCUUGACACCAGGCAGACCUGCCUAUAGGAGCGUGUGGCACCAACUGGGAGAUGUGUCCAUGAGCCAGUGCAACUGCUGCUCGGUGACUCGGGACUCCUUGUCCUAUAUCCUCAGCAGACCCACCCCUGGCAGAUUCAAUGAUUGCCCCAGCAGACGCUUCAGUCAGACUGUUUCCUUCUGCCUUCGUGUAGCAGAAUGCCAGGAGUGGCUCCCAAAGUCAGAAGAGAUCCUGGUGACUCUGGUGCAGGCCCUUGACAGAUCCUGCAGUUGUGGAGUUUUUCCAGCCUACUUCAAAGAUCUAAAGGCAGCCUGCCAGGACCAGGGGCUUGUGUUCACCACCCUGCUCACUGCAAAGUCAGAAGCCCAGCUGAGCAGCCUGCUGCUUGCCUUCCAGACCUUCCUGGAGAGCCCCAGGGCUGUGAGUUUUGAUGAAAGGAAUAUCACAGCAGAAAGCUCCUGCUUCAAGGAUGUUCCUGUGCCAGACUUGACCCCAGGUGCCCCAUCAGCGAUACCAAAAGGAACAGCAGAGCCCUCUAGACAAGCAGGCAAGCUACUCAUCAAUGAGGUGAACCCAGACAAUCCGGGAGGAAGAGAAGACACGGAGUACAUUGAACUCUUCUACACUGGACAAACAUCCUUUGACCUCCAGGGAUACUGGUUGGUCCUCUACAAUGGCAAAACAGGACGGGCCUACCGGGUGCUGGAGCUGUCUGGACACCGCACAGACAGUCUGGGUUUCUUCCUGGUAGGAAGCAGUGCUGUACGCCCAGCACCCAUGGUCAGGCUGCCCCCCAACACCAUCCAGAAUGGGGCAGAUGCUGUGGCUCUCUACUACAGCAGCAGCACGCGCUACGUGCUGAACAUGGCUGUGACUGCCAAGGGGCUGGUGGACGCCGUGGUGUACACAUCCCGAGUGCCAGAGAAGGCAGAGCAGCUGCUCAAGGUGCUGGUGCCAGGGCAGGGCAUCCUGUAUGAAAAUGAUUCACACAGCACAGAGGAUGAGUCCCUGAGCCGCUGCCACAGCCUGAGUGCUAGACUGCAGAGCAGCUUCCAGGUGACUGUGAUGACACCGCUCAAGGAAAAUGCCUGCAGCAGCCCCUCUGCACCAUCCACAGCCACCCGCAUCAAUGAGCUGGGCCUGGCGGGCGGUGGAACCGUCCAUUUCGUGGAGCUGGAAGGGCAGCCAGGGGCCAGCCUGGCUGGGCUCAGCCUGCUUGUCUUCAUGGGCCAGGAGGGCAGAGUGCAACGCAACAUCCCACUGAGAGGCAGCAUUGGGGCAUCAGGGCUGUUACUGCUGGGCAGUGAGCACGGUGGGACAGAGUUGACGUUUGAGGACAUCUCUGCUGCUAGUGAAGGCAUCAGCGCUAUUGCUCUGUACAGCACCAGUUUGGUUCCUGGAGGCAUGAAGGCAACAUCAGAGAACCUAGUGGAUGCUGUGGUGUUCACAUGCAGGCCGAGCACAGUGGGAGGACACUUGGACAUCCUCGGCAGGCUGUAUGCUGUGCCCUGCGGUUAUGACAGGCCUGUGUCCUUGAGCCGCUGCCCCUCCAGUGAUGCCAGCACAGAGCUGCAGUUUGCCAUCUCGGAGCCUACCCCUGGUCUGCAGAACAGCUGUCCCCAGGGCACCUUCGCCAUGGGUCUGGACCUGUGCUUCCUGAUACCCAACUGCUCUGUGUGGAUCCUGAACCGUGAGAGGAUGCUGGAAAGCUUGAGAAAGGCCUUGGUGAGCUCCCUGGAGGAGAAAUGCUCCUGUGGUGUCUCCGAGCUCUACCUGCAAGAGCUGAACCUGACCUGUGUAGACUCCGUGGUGAAGAUCUCAGGUCGGAUACAUGUUCCACUGCCAGAGCAGCAGCAGUCCAUGGAGAGCUGGCGCCAGGACCUCCUGGCCAGCCCCCACCGCUUCUCUGUGGAUGGGAGAGUGUUGGAAACCAGCCCCGAGUGCAUCGCCCAAAGAAGCACGCCGGUGUCAUCGCAGAGCAGUUCCUCCCUCCACAGCUGGGAGAUCGCCCUGUUUGUCGUGGGAGCUCUGCUGCUCGCGUUCUUGCUGGUGGGCCUGGCGUUGCACUUCAUCAAAAGACGUUUCCAAAAUUACACCAACAUUGAAUUGAACGACUGCACAGAGAUGGCAGCAGACUUCUAAUGCUCCCAGGUACAGCUACAGUGGCACAGCCACCACCACCAAGGCCCAGUUUGUGUCUGCAGGUGGCAGACCAGCUGUCCAGCUCCCUCUUCUCCAGGACCUGCAAAAUCCCAGGUGUAUAUAUGCAUGUGUGGGUACAUAUGCAGGUGUACACACACAAACACAUAUAUACACAACAUGCCUGAAUUUUUUUACACUUCUAAUUUUUUACCUCAAACUAAAGGAGUUGAAAGAAACAGGCAAAUUUUGUGCUGUGAUGACCAGAAAGAAACCUCCUUGGUUCAUGCACAGCCCUACAGAAGUGAAAGUCUUUCAGCCUUCCCUGACCCCCUCUUGUCCAGGCGAGGGAGUUCAGAGCAGCAUGCCUCUGAAACCUCUGCUGCAGCAGCUCUGUAGCACCAACAGUUGGGGUCACUGGACUUUCUCUGCAGAUAACCCAUAUAGCCUUUAGGCAGCUGCCACAGCCUCUGAAGCAUUAGCUUCAUGAUUUUGUUCUCCUGUGGUACCAGUUCACCCUGCUGUCAGUGCAGCCCUGCUAGAGCACCCUGCCUUCACGAAGGAUCAGAGGAGCUCCAUCCUGAACUGGAACCGUGGGUGAGGACUUAGCCAUGCUGCUGAAUGGAUGUAGGGCUGGUUGGCCAGCACAGCAUCAUGGCUCUUGUGGAGCUGAGCUGCUGCAGCAUCAUCAGCAUUUCCUGCUGGAGCCGCUGCUGAAAUUCCUGCUGGUGCUGCAGGUGGCACAGCCUCUCCAGCACGGUGUGCAGUGCCUGCCUCAGCUCCUGGAUCUCCGUGUGUACAGCAUCCAGCUUCUCAGCAAUGGCAUGGGAGUCAGGAGUAGCAGGAAGUGCUGCUCCACCUCAAGAGGGAUGAGCUUGUGAGACUGGGCAGGGCAGUCUGAGUGCUGGCAUCUUUGACCUGAAACAGCAGGAGGCAUGAGAGAAGUGAAAGCGAAAAAUCAUCAGUUGCUCCUUCAGUGAGGACAGAAUCAUAGAACAUUCCAUCUCUGCAGCCCUCAUUUUGACUAUCUCCCAUAGCUUUAUGCCCUUCUGAUGUUGUGGCACCCAACCUGCACCCUGUGAUGAAAGUGAGGCCACAGCAGCAGAACAGAGUAGGAUGAUCCCUGCCCUCACCUGGCUGGUAGUGCUGGGCCUGGGGCACCCCACCCUGCCCUGGUGCAUCACUCAGGUGCAGCUGGCAGAGGUCUGGCACUUUCUUCCCCCAUGCCUCUCCCAGCCUGGUGUGGACCAAGAUAUAGCAGAGCACCAUGCAGGACUACUCCUGUAGGCACCACAGUGCCUUCUCCAGCUGGAGCUAACAGGUCCUCUGGAACCUGCUUUGUCACCCAGCAUCCUGCCUUUUUCUGCUGAAGAGCCCUGUCUGCAAGCAUUGUCUUUACCACCAGGAGUGGGCUUCUGGCAGGGGGCAUAACCAGCCUCACCCAGAUGGGUGGCAUCUCUAUGGGGGCAGCUGUGGUCACUAAUGUCAGCAGCUCUGUGGAGCCGCAGGGGCACCCACAGAGCCAUUGUCACCUGCAAGUGACAGAAGAGAAACGCCUCAAUAGGAAAUCUCAACCCCAAACUUCCUAGAGGAGAGGAGCGAGGAGCCCUCGCCCUACAGAAUUGGGUGGGGGCCCAGCCUUACCCCUCCCAGGAGGCGGUCCUGCAGGUGAGCCCUCCUCGACUGCUCACCACCCUGGCAGAGUGAGGUCACCCUGACAAUCUGAAUGUCCUCCUUGCUGUCCUGGCUGAUGGCAGGAGUUGUGCUGGGCAGUGCAUGAGCUGUGUGCUCAGCAGCUGGGGUGUCUCAGCCACAUGUCCAGACUCCAUGGACCAGGGCUGUUCUACACCUUAAUCAGCCACUGCUGUCCCUGGCUCCAUGCUAUUCUGCUUGAAAAAGAGGUGCACAGCCUGUGGUGUCACCUUGAUGCCAUCCAGCUCGAGAACCUUCUUGAUCUUGCAGAAGCUCAUCCCACAGUUUUCUUCUUGGUGUAGUCAUCCAGGCAGCCCAUCAGUCCCAGCACCUAUACAUAGCUGGUGCUGCCACUCAACCCCACAGCACAGAGCAGAGCAGGGACACAGUGACAACCAGACAGCACCACGCAGUGCUAGGGCUCUGUUAGCACUCUGCUGUCAGGCUGGUGGCCAUGGGGCCAUGUGGUGGCACAGGGCCCAGACACAGAGAACAAGGAGGGGGCUCUGGCUGGCAGAGAAACUAUUCCUUUGCUCACAUGCUCUGCAGGGUCCCACCUGAUGCCCCAGUCCCACAGGGGCAUAGGGGAUACUAAUGGGCUCUGCUCUGCUCGAUGUGAGCAGUGCAUCAGAGAAGGGUGGGGAAAAAAGCAGAACAAGAGCAGGUUCAGGAGGGUGUGCAUCUCUCCUGACAGAUGGGCUGUUGGAGGAGUAGGGUGAGUAAUAAACAGGGUAAAUCCAAAUCCACUCACAAAGCCAUUCUGAGGUCUGAUCUCAGUCCCUGUUUUUAUGACCUCCUCGGAUAGCCAUGAAGCGCUGGAAGCUGUGGCUGACCAGGGCAGCUGGGCCCCCUUAUUUCAGACACAGCCAUGGGUCAGGGUUGUGCCAGCUCCUGUGGCAGUGAUGUGUGGGUGCUGCCCCUUAUUGGUGGCAUACCCACUGCACUCAGACCCAUGGCAGCUCAGGUCUGCAAGUGGCCAUGGUGCAGCUGUGUCCCAGUGCCCAGUCUGGGCCCCCAGGACUCAGCUCUGUUGGGAGCUGGGUGCAAGACCUGCCCAGCAGCAUGUCACUGUGGGAGUCUAUCAGGUCUCUGCUGGAGCUUUGUGCCUGCUUGGUGGUAGGAAAAGCUGUGGUGAGCUGUAGCUCGGUGCUUGGGAGUCCACUCAUCAGGUCUGUAGGUGCUGCUGUCUCAUACCACUGAGAGAAGCAAGAGCAACCACUUAAAUGUCAGUAUAAAGAAAGUCUGGGUAUACACACACGACUGGACCUCCUGGGCUCCCCCUUCCCCAUGCAGGGAAUGCAUGGCAAAGACAGUGGGUCAGGACACAGUCACAUACCACAUGUACAUGGGGAUAUGCCUGUAAAUAUGGGAACAAUGCACAUAUACCUGUGUGCAUGUCUUCUACAACAGUGGAGGUUUUUUCCAUUUUCUGUCAGCUUCCUUCACCUGCAGGCAUCCUUGGAAAAUCAGUCCUGCAUCUGCUGCUCAGCAGACAUACCAGGGGGCCUCACCUCCCCAGACAAACAGCCCCCAGGAAACUAAAGCACAGCACAAUGUUUUGCAGAAUACAGCAUGUACUGGGGAUCACAUCAGGUGGCUGCUGCCAAGCAGCUGCCAUCCACACAUCUUCUCCCACAGGCAUAUGCUGGUCUUGAAAAAGACCUUAACAUGUUUUAUGUGCCAAGAAGGCACAGAGACUGCUGAAGAUCAUCUACAGAAAGCCAGGGAAGAAACAGCGCUAAUUGUUUGGUUGUACCACUUUGUGUUGUACUUCUUCCAUGGCAAAAAAGAGAUGCAUUAACCAGAUGUAGACUGUACUUUGAUCCAGAGUUGUUUGCAGCUAAAGGCCAUCCCACACGCUGUUACACACACGAGUGACCUUGUAGACAAGAGCUGCAGAGGGCAGGUGGUGGAGAUCAUAGUAUCAUGGAAUCGUAGAAUGGCUUGGGUUGAAAAGGACCUCAAAGAUCAUCUAGUUUCAACCCCCCCCAGAUAUGUGCAGAGUCGCCAACCACUAGACCAGGCUGCCCAGAGCCACAUCCAGCCUUUGUGGCAUUUUGAAGCUGCACUUUUGCAGUAAUUUGAAUAUUCAGAAAUUACACCCCGUGUGUCUCAGGCUGCCUGCUGCAGGAGGUGGCUGGUGCUGCAUGCUGGGCCCUUCUUCUUUUGUUCGCUCAUCUCCAGCCCUCAGCAUGUCAUGCAGUGUCAGACAGCUCAGCUCCAGUUCUGGUUAAGCCUUCUCACUUUGCUGGGUAAAGAACAGGCAGGGGGGCCAGGCCCAGAGAGUGGAGGUGAAUGGAGUUACACCCAGCUGGCAACUGGUCAUGAGUGCUGGUCCUCAGGUGUCGGUACUGGGGCCUGUCCUGUUUGAUACUUUUAUUGAUGAUCUGAUGAGGGCACUGAGUGCACCCUCAGUA